GAGGUUAAUCCACAGAACACAAAUUAAUCUUUGUUAGUGUUCUGUGCGCUGGACAGUACUGACGGAAACCAGGUUUUCUAUGAGAGACUCUGAUCGUCUAACACAUCCUGGGUUUUUUCUUUACUUUCCAUAGUUUAUAUACAUUUUUUAUAAGCGUCAGUAGAGGAAGAAAAAUGAAAGGUUCUGUUUUUCUCUUGGUUUUAUAAAAUGGAUGAAAAUCAGCCUAGUACUUCUGGAUGUAAUGAAGAAGCUGGUAGAGGGUUCAGACUCAAGAGGAAACAAGUUGAUCCUAUAGUUUGUCCUGUAUGUGGAGUAACCCUCAGAACUUCAGAAGUUGAAAUGCAUUUAAUGUCAGAGAUAGAAAAACUCAAUAAAAUACCUCCACCAAAGGUGCGUAUCAAUGGAAGAAAUAUUCCAUCAAGCUCUUCUUCCAAUUGCACAUCAAUAAGAAACACAUCAACUUUACAUAAGGACAAAAAAUGGGAAAUAUAUCAGAAAGUGCGUUCUAAUAGACAGUCAAGACAAAAAGUUAAAUCGAGAAAAAGAAAAAGUGAAGAAAUUCUCUGUCCAAUUUGUAAUAAAGAUAUAUCUUCUACUACUGAAGACUUGAUGUUCCACGUAGAGAUGUGUUUGAGGAGAUCAGAAUCAUCUAAUGAAAAUGAAGACAGUGGUGAAACUAUAGAUGUUGAAGCUUUCGAAGAAUAUGAAUGGGCAGGGCAGUCUAGAAUUAGAGCAACUUCAUUACUUCCUGGAGGAGUAUCAAGCUUAGGCUCUUCAUUAACAAUGGUGGAUGAUGAUGAAGAUUUAAAUGUUGAAGAUGUUGAAGAUACACAAAUGUAUGGUGCACCCCAAUAUUCAGAAUGUGAUAUAAUUUUGCCCUGUGGUGACAAAGACAAUUUAGCCUUAAGGAAAGCUGUUAUUGGAAGUGACCCAAUAAUGGUGAGUGAUAUACCAGAAGUUAAUUCUUGUUCACAGGAUGAGUCUGCAAAUAAAUGUGGAAGUGAAAAAGGGGCAGAUCCCAUAGUUCAAGUUCUGAAGGCUAAGAUCCGUGAACUUGAGAAUCGUGAACAAUUUAGAGAAGAUAAUUAUAAAUGCUUAAUAUGUAUGGACAAAUAUCGUACUCCUGUGAUAUCUGUUUGUUGUUGGCAUGUACAUUGUGAACAGUGUUGGCUGCAGACGCUAGGGGCAAAAAAGUUAUGUCCUCAGUGUAAUAUGAUAACUUCACCUUCCGAUUUAAGAAGAAUUUAUAUGUAGAAAUUUUUAAAAGACUACCACUGUAGAAAUAUAGGUAUACCCUUCAAAA